UAUUAGCUUUGAACCAUGUGUUUGGUUUUGUAAACAUUGCCGAUGGCGAUCAGGUGGUGUGACAAAGUUGUGGGAGGAUAUGUCAGAGAAGAAGUCACAUUCAGUGAAAGUUCCGAGGACGUAUAAAGUAGCGGCUAAAAUAUUGAAGGAAGUAAUUGCUGGUGGAAAUUUGAAGACGCUUGUUUACAACCAACGCUUUUAUAACAUUAAGGCGCUGUAUGCCUUAGUAGUAGAAGCACUUCGUCAUUCAAAAGUGCUGGACUAUGUAAUUGAAAAGAGCGAAAUACUUCUUAAAGAAGAAAGAUUGGACCCGUCCCUGGCACGAAUUCUCAUCUCUGAACUCCUGUGGGGAAAAAGACAACUUCCUGGGAACAGCAAACCUGUAGAGACUGUAAUUUCGUACAAAGACGAAUUGGUCAAGGCAGAACCAUGCUAUGAAGAGUUUCUGUCUAAGGAACAAGAAAGUAGAAGAGUAACAUUACCUCGAUAUGUUCGUGUGAAUACCAUCUAUAAAUCAGUUGAGGAUGUUGUAAAAUAUUUUUGUAGUGAAGGUUGGGAGAAGAUGAGAAUAAAAUUUAAAAGCUACUCUCAGUAUUUGGAAAAGAUACGUUCUUUAAAGGAGGAGCAGUUUAUGCAGGAUUUUCAUAUUAAAGAACUUCUAGUUUUCCCACCAAAAACAGAUUUUCAUGAGCACGAUCUUUACAUUAAUGGCAGCAUUAUUUUGCAAGACAAGGCAAGUUGCCUUCCUGCACAUUUGCUUGCACCUGAACCUGGUAGUACUGUGCUUGAUAUGUGUGCUGCACCAGGAAUGAAAACAACACACCUUGCAGCCCUAAUGGAAAACAGGGGAAAAAUAUAUGCAGUUGAACGUGAUCUGAAAAGAUAUGACAUACUGAAGAAUACAGUAAAAUUAUCUGGUGCCACAUGUGUCGAAACCCUGCUUGGUGAUUCGCUGAGCAUAAGCAGCAGUGACGUUCCUGGUGUAGAGUAUAUUCUUGUUGAUCCAUCAUGUUCUGGUUCAGGUAUUGUGGACAGAAUCGAGUUGGAACCAGAAAGGAGCAGUGAUCCAUCUCGUCUUUACAAGCUGGGUGGCUUUCAGAUUAAACUAUUGCACCAUGCUCUUACAGAGUUCCCACUUGCAAAAAAAGUAAUUUAUUCCACAUGCUCAUUGAAUGUUGAAGAAAAUGAAGAAGUUGUGCAGAAAGUUAUAUCAUAUUUCCCUGACCCACCAGAGUUUAAGCUGGUUAAGAAAAUUUUGCCUGACACAUGGAAAAACCGUGGCAAUAAAUGUUAUGUAGGGGGUAAAUAUUGCCUGUAUUCAAGACCAGAGGAGGAUUUAACCAAUGGUUUCUUUAUUGCAGUAUUCGAAAGGCAUAAUGGUUCAUGUGAAAAAGAAAAAUGUACUGACAAAUAUACUAGGAACUCGGAAAAACCUGAAGAAACCAGCUUAAAAAUACCAGAAACUGGUAUGGCACACGCAGAAAUUGCUUCUUCACAUGACAUUUUGAAGGACGAUGAUAGAAAAUUAAAGCUUGUCAAGCAUCACAGAAAGAAAAGUAAAUUAAAGAUAUGUGAUGGAAAUACCACUGCUCUCGAAGAAAGUAUAGAGGAUGAGCUCGAUGGACUUACAAGGGAGGCUACUACCAGUGGAAAGACAUAUCAGACAGAACAUUUUCAAAAGAAGGAUUCUGUAGUACACAAUUGCACAGAGAAUCUCAGUCAUGAGACCAGACCGGCAAAAUUUGGUCAAAACUUAAAAGCGAAAAAACUGAAAAAAGGAAAAAGUGUGUGUGAUCAUACAAAUAGUUCACAGGAAACUACUUCUGGCUCUCUCCUUGGUGACACUCCAACUGUUAAUAUAAUAUCUGAAAAAAUUUCUCACAUCGGGUCCAACACUUCACCCAAAAAUUUGAUUGUAGAGACUGGAAACAGAACAAAAUCAAAAUCAGAAGUAAGUGAUGAUUAUCAUACAGUAUCAGUGAACCACAAACAAAAGAAACAAAAAACUACUAGUGAAUUUAUUUUUAGGGGAAGAAUAGAUAAAUCAGAAAGUCACAGUUCUACUCUCAACGAACAUAGCUUAGGACUUGAUAUUCCAAAAGAAGUAGUUAAUAUGAAAAAGAAAAAGAAGACACUGGUAGAAAAUUCCAAUGAACUUGGUGAUGUACAAGAAUCCAAAGACAGCAAUAUGCUGAAUAAAAGACACAGCCUCAAAAAGAAAAGAACAUCUCAUUAUGAUGAUGAUAGUGGCAGUGUAAACAUUUUAGGCAGUGUGACAAGAACUGAUCUGAAUAAUGUUAUCAGUGAUAGUUAUGACAGUCCACUCAAUAAAUUUAGUUAUAAUUUGGAAGAAACAAAUCAUUCAAAAAAGAAAAAAAGGAAGAAAGAGGAAAAAUGUGAUAGGUAGCAUAUUCAAAAAUGAACUGAGGUUCUUGCAUGGAAUUUAAUGCUGAUAUUAUUUAUCAGUGUUAUUUCCCUAGGUAUCCUUGAAUGGUAAUAUGAUAUUGUGUGUACCCAUGUCGAAGACUCCCUGCUGUGUUUGGUAAAUGUGCUGGCAUUGGGUAUAUACAGUAACCAAGUUCAACAGGAAUUCCAUGACACAAUAUAAGAACAGUUGUCCUCCUUAAAUGUAAUAUGAAAUGGAAAUAAAGGCAUGUCAUCAACAAAAACGUCUUUAGGCUUGUAAUAUACACCAGUCAGUAAAAAAUAGUGUGCUGUAUACCCUAGAAGACACAGUUUUGAGAAGUGCAUUGCAAAGAAAAAACCAAAAUACACAUGUUGUAAAAUCUAAUUGUGCCACACCAGUCAAGAAUGAAGAAUGUCCCUUCUAUGUCUCCAUUUUCUAGACAGUCACUCAUAUAAUGACUAGACAUGUACAAGAAUUGUUUCCAUUUUUGUGAAGGAAAAUGUUAAAUAGGACUCGCCAAACUGAUCUGUAUGCUGUAUUUGGAACUUGUAUUUGUUUCUUACAGACUAUUUUGAUGUCUGAUUUUAAUAAAACUGUAUUUCUUAUUUGCAUUA